CGCUGCUGUAAGCAACAGAGAAAGCGGAGGACAAACACGCAACAUUUGCAGCAGUUUAACUUCGGCGCGCCUCGUAAAUCUUCGUGCUCCGCGAGACUUUAUGAAUGAAAAACUUCACAGGAUUGAACUUUUUUUUUCUCACGCCUCUUCGACACACCUGGAGCAGCAGAAAGCUUUUGUUUGCUUCAACGGGUUUAGACGUGACUCUGUUUUGUUUUGCAUAAAAAAACAGGCGCGUUUGGAGAGGGAAAUCUGGCGGAGUGAUUUGUUUUGAUUCUCCUCAUCGUGGGAAUUUACCAGAUUGUUUUGGAGUAAUGCUUUACAAACCUUAAUAAGUGCACGAGGAACAUCUAGAGGUCUCUGUAUGCUGCUGGUGUUGAUGGGUCGCUGUGUGUGUGAAUGAUCUCUUCGUCAGCCGCCGCUUCUCUCAGGAUGCUGAAAUCUUGGCGUCUGCUUCUCCUGUUGCUGAUCCUAACCCAGCUCUGCUCUGUCCAAUCACGGCCCGCCGUCACCGAACAAGGUCAUAUAGUAGCAUCUUCAGAGGAUGAGGACGACGACGAGUCUUCAUCAGAAGAGAACAAGCCAUCGAGUAGCCAAGAGCUCUUACCGAUGGCGCCUCGCUGGGCCCAGCCUGAAAAGAUGGAGAAGAAGCUUCACGCCGUGCCGGCCAGUAAAACAGUGAAAUUCCGAUGCCAGGCCGAAGGAAACCCAAUUCCCAAACUACGCUGGCUGAAGAAUGGAAAAGAGUUCAAAAGAGACCAGCGCAUCGGCGGCUACAAGCUGCGGGAACACAUGUGGACCAUAAUCAUGGAGUCGGUGGUGCCCUCAGACAAGGGCAACUACACGUGCCUGGUGGAGAAUGAAUAUGGAAGCAUCAACCACACCUAUCAGCUGGACGUAGUGGAGCGAUCGCCUCACAGACCCAUACUGUACGCUGGACUCCCUGCUAACCGUACGGCUGUGGUCGGCAGUGACGUAGAGUUUGUAUGUAAAGUGUUCAGCGAUCCUCAACCUCACAUCCAAUGGCUCAAACACAUCAGGGUGAACGGAAGCCAACUAGGACCAGAUGGACUCCCUUAUGUGCGCGUACUAAAGCACUCGGGCGUCAAUAGCUCGGACACCCAGGUGCUGACGCUCUACAAUAUCACAGAAGAAGAGGGCGGCGAAUAUGUAUGCAAAGUGUCCAAUUAUAUAGGAGAAGCCAAUCAGUCAGCCUGGUUAACUGUCCUUAGACAUGACCUACAAGCCCCCACUGCUCCCUCCGCAGUGCCCAGUCAGUCCUACCUGGAGGUGCUGAUCUACUGCAUUGGCUUCUUCCUCAUCUUCCUCAUGGUAGGAAUUGCCACCAUUGUCAAAAUCCGCAGCUCCUCCAAGAAGAGCGACUUUAACAGCCAGCUGGCCGUCCACAAGCUGGCCAAGAGCAUCCCUCUGCGCAGACAGGUGUCAGUGGAGUCCAGCUCGUCUCUGAACUCAGGUGUGAUGUUGGUCCGGCCCUCGCGUCUCUCAUCCAGCGGGACCCCAAUGCUCUCCGGGGUCUCCGAAUACGAGCUGCCUCAGGACCCCUGCUGGGAGGUGUCCAGAGAGCGGCUAGUGCUCGGGAAGCCGCUGGGCGAAGGCUGCUUUGGGCAGGUGGUGAUGGGAGAAGCCAUCGGUCUGGACAAAGACAAGCCGAACCGCAUCACUAAAGUCGCAGUGAAGAUGCUGAAAUCUGACGCCACUGAGAAGGACCUUUCUGACCUGAUCUCAGAGAUGGAGAUGAUGAAGAUGAUUGGAAAACACAAGAACAUCAUAAACCUGCUCGGAGCUUGUACACAAGAUGGCCCGCUGUAUGUGAUUGUGGAGUUCGCCUCUAAAGGAAACCUGCGGGAAUACCUGCGCGCCCGCCGACCGCAUGGCAUGGAGUACUGUUACAAUCCUGACCCACUGCCCGUCGAGAGCAUGUCCAUCAAAGACCUGGUGUCCUGCGCAUACCAGGUGGCGCGGGGCAUGGAAUACCUGGCAUCCAAAAAGUGUAUCCACAGAGACUUGGCAGCACGUAAUGUACUAGUAACAGAGGAUAAUGUAAUGAAGAUAGCAGACUUCGGCCUGGCCCGGGACGUUCAUCACAUAGACUACUACAAGAAGACCACUAAUGGUCGUCUUCCUGUUAAAUGGAUGGCACCCGAGGCUUUAUUCGACAGGAUUUACACACAUCAGAGUGACGUGUGGUCUUUUGGGGUUCUUCUGUGGGAGAUCUUCACUCUCGGAGGAUCUCCUUAUCCUGGAGUGCCUGUAGAGGAGCUCUUCAAGCUGCUGAGAGAAGGACACCGCAUGGACAAACCCUCCGCCUGCACACAGGAGCUAUAUCUGAUGAUGAAGGACUGCUGGCAUGCGCUUCCAACACAGAGACCAACAUUUAAACAGCUGGUAGAAGAUCUGGAUCGCACCCUGUCCCUGAUCUCAAAUCAGGAGUAUCUGGAGCUGUCAGUGCCGCUGGAGCCCAUGUACUCUCAGGUCAUCCUGAGCGAACGCAGCUCCACAUGUUCAUCCGAGCAGGACUCCGUUUUCUUACAAGAACCCGGACCUGAAGAUCCCUGCAUCCCUCCUUCAGUUCCUUCACAACAACCCAUGCGCUCCUUCAAAAAACGCUGAGCUGGACCUCCAUCUCCUCAAAUACAUACACCUGACUCGUAAACUGCAGACUCAGAGACUGAAGAGUUCAGCCUGGGGAUAGUAAAGAGCAGGACAAACACACUCUGGACAUCAGGACUGAUCUGGAUCUCGAUUAUACGCUCCUGAUCCUUCAGAAGGACAUCCUCAGAAGCAUCACUGAAGGAAAACUGUGCUUUUUUUAUUGGAGAAUUAAUCGCAAGUGUUAAACAGUACAGUAUGCUGGCUUUGUAAAUGCGGAUAAUUGUACAAAUAUGAAAUUAUAUAGACGCUAUUUUGUUUUAUAUGACUAUUAUAAUUAUGAUUAUUUUUGUAUGAGCUUGUUUAUUCGCUUUUUUUUUUGUUUGUAUUUGUUUGAGAGAAAGGAUCCAGCCGAAAUCAUGACGCGCAACGUUUUUGUCGUUGCUUUUAUGUGUCCAUAGUCUUGCAAUGAAAUCUCAUUGGUUCCUAA